CCUACGCAUGGACAUGGGAAAAACAUUGGCAAAACAUUAGGGAGUUCAUAUAUCAAUCAUGAUGGUAACUCAUUUUUAAUUAGACGUAAAAAUAAAUAAAAAAUACAUAAGAUGAAUUUUAUUAAUGUUUGAAUCAGAUUCGGAAGAUGUCGCAGUAGCGGAUAAGGAAGAGGAUGAUUUCAUUGAUGAAACUAUGAGGGAUCCUAAAUGCCCUACGUCCUGUUGACUGUGGCGGAGAUGGAGAAGAGAGUGACGAUCAGUUGUGGUCGUCAAGGGGUUGGGAAGGAAUGCCUCGUACCAAGCACUGUCGGUACACUUAUAUUCGCCAAUAGCAAGACUAUGAGUUGGCUACCAAUGGCAACCCCUAGAUUCUCGGAACAACUUACCUCACAGUCUCAUGUUAGUAUAAGGGCUUUAAUUCGUGGAAAGCAUAGGUGAAAAGGACAAUGGUGUGGGUACAACUCCCUGAUCUACUCAUUGAAUUUAUCAAUAAGGAAGUCGUCUUGAGAAUAGUUGAGUUAAUAGGUUUAAUCAUAAGGAUGGUUAGAGCAACUGAGUAUGGGGCUCGUGGAAAAUUUACUAGGGUGUGCAUGGAAAUCGACUUGAUCAAGCCACUUUUAUCAUAGUUUAAAAUCAAGGGAUCUUUGGACUCUUUGAGAUCAGGACAGAGCUUGGGACUCUUUGCAAAAGUAUUCGCCAAGCGCUUAGAGUAAGGGCUGCAAACGCAGUCCGAUUUACUCGACGUUCAGCAAAUGAAGCAGCCCACCUCAUGGCGACACGUGUUGAACGAAAUAAGAGUAGACGAUUGAUCUGCUUUGGUAAGUUUUCAAGAUUCAUUCGUCUAAGGAAGGUCAUCUCAGAAGAAGCAAUUCUGGCGGAAAAUCAGCAACGGCUAGCUUGGUCUUCUCAACGGAUACUUUGCUCUACCUAUAUAUUCAGUGUAUCUCGAUUGUAAAAGUAAGGUUUGUAACUGAGAAAAAGAGAGCGGUUGAGGGCUGGUCUUUUAGUUACAAGGUCAACAACAGUUUAGGGGAAAAGGUUCUUAGAUGUUGAGGGUCUCUACAGAUCGGAUUGUGAUCUGGGCUGGUGGUUGUUCGGUUUUACAGAUUCGUUACUUUGUUUCUUUUUCUUUUGCUUGAUAGGAAAAAUCUUGAUAAAAAAAGAGUCUCUCGGAAAAUAGCAAGUGUUAUUUCCGAGACGAGGAAUGACCAGUAGUUAGGGAACCUCGUUAAAUCGUGUGUUGCCUUUCUUUUCAAUGCUCUUACGGUUCUUGUUCUGUGUUCCAUGUUCUUCGACUAUGUUUUUGCCUCUGCUCUGUUUUUGCUUCGAUAGGUCCAGGUUGCAGACAAGCAGUGUCCUGUUGGUCUUGUUACAUUUUUCGGUUGGGCUUUGUAGCUCAAGCCCUCGUUCCUUUUUAUUUUCAUUUACUUUUAUUUCGCUUUGGGCUUUGCCUUUUUUAUACAAUUUACAAGUCUCUUUGGACGAGAAACAGAAGCCUUCUUCUUCUUUGUUUUCCCUUCUUUCUUUUCUACAUUGUACUUGGUCAAAAUCCCUAAAAUUAUUCUGUCUUUUCAUAAGUGGUAUCAGAGCCAGUACUUGAAGAAGCUAAUUACUGCCAAGACAGAUCCAGACGAUGGCUUCCUCAAACUUUGGCCAAGCUUCGUACAAUCACCCACCGAUUUUCACCAGCUCAAAUUUCACGGCAUGGAAGAAACGUAUGAAGACGUUUCUAUGGGGUGUAGAGGAAGACCUCUAGUUGGUGGUUCGUGAUGGUCCAAUCGUGAUGAAUGAUGACAAACAGAAUCUAUGGUCUGCCGCCCAGAAGAAGAGCACUCAGCUCAACCAGCGAGCAAUGCAUAUUCUCCAGUCCGCCAUGGUGCCCGACGAAGCCGACAAGGUUGAGAACUGUGACACCGCUCGCAAAAUCUGGCGGACUCUGGAAACGACGUACGAGGGCACAUCAAACAUCAAGGAGACUCGCAUCGAUCUCCUCAUGCACGAACAUGCGGCCUUUGACAUGCUGCCAGGUGAGAGUAUUCACGACAUGUACUCUUGAUUCACCGUUCUAAUCAAUAAGGUAAAGGGUUUAGGUAAAACCUUUGUUACUAAAGACCUGAUUAGGAAAAAUCUUAACAACAAAAAAAAAAGAGUCUCUCGGAAAAUAGCAAGUGCUAUUUCCGAGACGAGGAGUGACAGUAGUUAGGGAACCUCGUUAAAUCGUGUGUUGCCUUUCUUUUUAUUGCUCUUACGGUUCUUGUUAUGUGUUCCAUGUUCUUCGACUCUGUUUUUGCCUCUGCUCUGUUUUUGCUUCGACAGGUCAAGGUCGAAGACAAGCAGUGUGCUGUUGGUCUUGUUACAUUUUUUGGUUGGGCUUUGUAGCUCAAGCCCUCGUUACUUCUUAUUUUCAUUUACUUUUAUUUCGCUUUGGGCUUUGCCUUUUUGAGCCCAUUUACAAGUCUCUUUGGACGAGAAACAGAAGCCUUCUUCUUCUUUGUUUUUCCUUCUUUCUUUUCUGUAUCGUAAUUGGUCAAAAUCCCUAAAAUUCUUCUGUGUCUUUUCAUAACCCGUAACACGAACUCCCUGGAAUACUUUGGUUAUUUGGGUAGAUAGACCCUCUAUGAUCUUGAUUAAUCAGCUUCUGUUGGACGAUGCAACAACAUUUUUUUAUUAAUACAACUAACCGCAGGUUUCAUAAAAUAAAAUAGAAACAAGUAGAUGUAAGUAUUCUGUCAUGAUUUAAGACAAUAAAUUACAGAAUACUUG